CCCCACCAUGGCCACUGCCAGCUCAGCACUUCAUCUGCUCUGCUACUCUGAUGCUGCCACUGCGGACGACCUUGCAGCAUCGGCAGUCAAGCUCUUGAGACACAGAGCUGCACACUCUGGCGCCGCAGCGGCCCUUCCUCUCCUGUGGCGCCUGCAGCAGCAUCCGCUGCUCUCCUCCUCGCCCACCCUCCGCAUUGCUGAGCUGGAGCUGACUCAUGACCUCUGCCUUGCCACCGGCCGCACAUCCCAGGCACUGCACGUGUGUGAGCAGCUCGCAGCCAUUGCCACACGCUACGGCCUCGCGCACGGGGAAGAGCACGGCGCAGGGCAGGGCAGAGGGCAGGGGGGCUCGGAGGUGGAUUUGGAGUUGGAGGCGGCAUGCCGCCACGUGCACACCCUCAUUGCUGCCUCGCGCUUUCCCCAGGCGGCAUCAGCAGCCAAGGCACUGUUCACAGCGUGCUGUCGCCACAACCGCCAGCUGUACCAUGCACGCUGCCUGCUGCUCAUGGCGGAGCUACACCUGAAAGCCGGGUCACCAGCAGCCGCGCUCCCGCACGCCCUAGCAUGCACGUCACUGGCAGCCCGCCUGCACGCGCUGCUGCUGCAAGCUGCCGCCACCCUCACUGCCGCCGAGGCCACCCUCGCCUUGGCGCCUGCUGCUUGCAGCCCUGCUGGUGGUGGUGUUAGGGGCGAAGGUGCUGCUGGGAAUGAUGACAAAAGGGACGGUGGUGCAGGGGGUGAUGCUGUGGCAGGCGAGAGCAGCAGCAGCAGGGAGUGUGUGGUGCAAGCGCUGUGGCUGCUGGAUGGGGUGUGCCUGCCGGUGCUGCUGGGGCAGUCAGGCCUCACCAUGCGCUGUCGCACCCUCAUGCUCAUUGCUCAGUGCCGCCUCGCCAUGCUCCCACCUGUAGCGUUGCCAGCCAGUGUGCCGGCAGUGCUGCCACUGUUGGAGGAAGCAGCCAACGGCUUCCACACCAUGCAGGAGCUCGCUCGAGAGAGGGACGCUUGUCACCUGCAGGCAGUGCUGUGCCAGUCGACUCAAGAAUCCACUCCUCCCGUGCCUUAUCUCCCCUUUUCCCCUCAGGAGCUUGCCUGGGAAAGAGACGCACGCCACCUGCAGGCAGUGCUGUGCCAUGUGGCAGAGCAGCCGGCCCACCGUGAUGCUGCUGCCUGCUGCUUCCUGGAAAUUACCAGCGCUAUCAGUACUAACGCUGCCUGCCAGGGCCCGCUGGAGCUGCUGCUGUGA